UUCCCUUCCCUCCCAUCCCCUCCACCCCCGAAAAUGACUCGGGGCCUGCUGCCGCACCUCUGCGCCGCGGGCGCCGCGGGCGCGUGGCUGCGCGGCGGGCCAGCGGCAGGCCCCGGCACCGCCGACGCCGGCCUCGUGCCGAGCUGGGAGCGUGGCUUCGGGCAGGGCCAGGUCGUGAUGGAUGCGUUCCUGUACCCAGACCCGUCCGCGCCCGAGCCUGUGCUCGCUGCCGCGCGGCGGCAGUGCAUCACAACGCCGCACGUGAUGAUGGUCGGCACGAACACAAGGAAGUUCAUGGAGGAGGACGGGCUGACCGAGUUCGACUGCCGGUUCCGCCUACCAGACGGGGGGUCCUCGGACGUGCCUGGGUGGUUCUAUUCGGACAAGAACAGGACCUGCCCAGGGCGCUCUCAGAACGAGCAGUAUGCCGGCAGGGACCACGCGCUGGCCUGCGAGGUGCCCUCCGCGCUGCUGACGGAGGGCUUCGCGAGGGCAGAGGUGACACUGGUCAGGCGGGACAGCGGCUCCGCCUUCUCGACGCCGAUCGUGGCGCGGGGCCUGAUGGACGGCUCGGCCGCGAGCGCGCCGUUGGGGCGGCAGAGGAGGUUCCGGCUCGCCGUCACCAACAUGUACAGGAACGCUGGCGCGCAAAUCGCCACGUGGCUCGACUGGCACAUCGCCAAAGGCGUCGAGCACUUCUUCCUGUACGACAACGGGUCUGACGAGAAGGACAAGGUCCACCUGGAACCCUACGAGAACCGCGGCCUGGUCACGAGGGUGCCGUGGGCCUACUGCUGCAAGGGCGACUCCAACAACGUGGGGCAGAGGGGGUCCAUGAACCAUGCGCUGAUGAAGUUCGGGCAGGUUGCGGACUGGUUGAUAUCUUUGGACCAGGACGAGUUUCUGACGUCGCCGAGCGUCAACAGGAGCAUUCCAGACAUCCUCGACGAGGGCAACUACGACAAGCCCGGCGUCGCGAUCAGCUACUCGCUCAUUGCCAGGGGCAGCUGCCCAGUUGAGCCCGGCUCUCCGGCUGCGGUGCAGAUGGGGGCCGUCCUCACAUCACGGGACUGCCCGCCCACGCUCACGCGGAGAAAGUACCCCGGGAAGUACUUUGUCCGACCGUCGAGCAUGUACGAGCUCGGCUUCCUCUACACCACGCCGCAUCCCUUUCACGGGCCGCGAGAAGGAGGAGGAGCACGACGAGGAGCAGCAGGACGACGGGAGUGAGGAGCGGGCA